AUGGCGGCUCUGAGCCUGCUGAGCCUCGGACUGGGGCCCUCUGUCUGCCGGAGCCGCCCGCAGGACCCUGCAGAGGAAGCGUCCCCUCCUGCCACUGUGGAAGCCGCAGCUGUCGUCACCCCAGCCAUGACCAAAGCCCCAGCUUUCUCCUCCGUGUGCCCUGGACGCUGUCCCUGCGCGGCUGGCUGGCUCUGCCCUGAGGGACUGGGCCCGGGGUUGCUCGAGUUGGUGGUCAGUGCGGCCUUCCUGCGCUGCAGUGGGCUGGGGGCAGGGAGGGAGCCCAGCCCUGCCGCGGGUGACGCUGUGGCCCCCUGGGGGCCACUGACCCAUGGGGCCGUGACGCUCAGCCACGCUCCUGUCGUCACGGAGAUGCUCUGUGCCGCCGCCCUGCCCGGCCCCCUGCUGACCCCCACCACACUGGGGAGCCGUGGGGGGUUACUGCCCCGCGUGCACCCCACUGUGGACAUCUCCAUCCUCAAAGGCGAGAAGGGCGAACCAGGGGUCGCAGGUCCCUCCAGCAGCGGCGGGAAGGAGGGUCUGCCAGGCGCCCGCAAAGGCCAGAAGGGGCAGGCAGGGCCGCCGGGUUCCCUGUGUCCACGCACCUGCGCGGCCUUCUCGGUGGGCCGGCGGGAGGGCCUGCACAGCACUGACCGCUUCCAGGCCGUGCCCUUCGACACGGAGCUGGAGAACCUGGAGGGGGCCUUCCACCUGCUGUCCAGCCGCUUCCUGUGUGCCGUGCCGGGCGUCUACUUCCUGAGCCCCAGCGUGCACACGUGGGACCACAAGGAGACCUACCUGCACAUCACGUGCGACGGGCGGGCCGCCGCCGUGCCGUGCCAGCCCAGCGAGCGCAGCGUCACGCAGACCCAGAGCCUGCUGCUGCCACGCGCCGGCGACGCCGUCUGGGUGCGCGUGUUCCAGCGUGACCGCGACAACGCCAUCUACGGCGAGCACGGCGACCUCUGUAUCACCUUCAGCGGCCACCUGGUCAAGCCGGCCACAGAGCUGUAG